AUGAGCGUCGCGAGCGACAUCGGUUGGCGGUUCAACGAUCGCGUGCACGAGAAACACCAACCGCUAGAGCUGAAAGACUGUGCCGCAAUCGAGAGCGCUAUGAGAGUAUCAGUGUCGGCGAGCGACAUGAGCGAAACAGUCGUAGUCCUCGAGGAAUCUGUGCGUUUUCGAAACGACCACGAAUGGGGGAAAGGAUGCCGCCUCGCGCGUCUCGGACAGUGGACCCCAAGUUUCAUCGAUCUCAUCAACAGCCGUGUCCUCGAUCGUAGCCAGAACCAUCAGCGCAACCAUCUUGAGUCGCCUGCACCGCUUGAAUACGACGAUCAUGACCCCGCGAUUGGCGCCAAUUCUGUGUUUGUGACGCCCGAAAACGUGACGCGCCUUGCAGUCAAAAACGCAUAUAUUUCAGAAACGGCAAGUAUGCUGCCGAGCAAUGUCUUCCCCGUACGUGUCCUCGCGAAUUUCAAAGGAGCGUUGAACGGUCUUAGCCGAAGUGACGUGCGGUAUGUUCUCCGCCUUCCAGACAACCGCUUCGGUCGAAUGGCCCCGUACCUGGAUCUCAUUCAUGGCAUGCCUGUCCAGAUCACUCAAAAUGUGGCCAAAACAAAAGGUGUAGCAAACGGCACGCUCGGCUGCCUCGAAGCAGUGCACUUUCCCAACGACACACAAUUCCGCCUGGUACGAGAUGGCGCGACGAACACGAUUGUCCAAAUGCCCAGUCGGUCUCCAGACUACGCCGUGCUUCGCGUGCCACACCGUCCUCACACGACAGCUAUUCGACCAGGAUUUGACCCGGAAUUGUUUCCGGUGUUCUACGCGACUGAAGCGUACCAGAAAGUGACCAUUACGCUUCCAAAGGCGCCCGACGGCCGCACACGGGCGAUCACAGUCAAACCACAGCAGCUACCCUUCGUCUGUGCCAUCGGCUCCACCGUGUACAAAGUUCAAGGCGAGACUCUCCACUCGAUGGUUGUUAUGGACUGGAAAUCCAAACAGAGCGCCGUCAACAAACCGCAGCAAACGUAUCUGCUUGUAUCCCGCGUAACAUCCCGAGAUGCACUGCUCGCAUUAAAUCCAUUUACCAACGACCUAGCCGCGUGGUCGAAGCCACCUGCACCUGCACUAAACGAAGAAGAACGGCUCUGCCGCCUCAGCAACAUCACCUUGAAAAAAUUUCAGCAAUCGCUGUCUGCUAACGCGACCACCACCACAACCGAAACGGGUCUUCCGGAUAACGCCGCCUUCGGAUCUUCCGAAUAA